ACGUGGAAAAAAGUUGCAAACAGUCUGUGACAUGCGAGUAAUAAAUCUUUGCGCGUAGAACAAAAUUGAACUAAAAGCGAUUACAGAAAAUUGGACGAUAAUGAAUCUGUCUAAAUUAAUUCAGAAGUGAUGUCUACACGAAAACUCUGAAAUUUUCUGCACCAUAGCCAAAUAGUUUUGGACUGGAAUAAAGUGAUAAAAUUUAAAGGAAUUAGGUUUGUGAGGAUAAACUGGUUUAAUUGCAGAGAAUAAACAAUAGUGUUUACAUAAAUUUAGUUUCCUUUGUGGACAGCAAAAUAAGCCUGAAAUUAUAAACAUUUUUAUUUAGUAUUCAAGUAUGUUUGUUUGAUUCUGGAAAUAGCUUCAUGGUUAUCAUGUAUUAGUAUACAUAUGAACGGUGUUGACACCUAUGUGACCUAAUUUGAUAACUGAGGUAUAUAUAAUGUUAAUUCAGCAAACCCAUCCUAUAUUGGUAAUACUAAAAUUAAAAGAACAAGGUGUGUAAAAUGGACUUUAAAGCCAUCAUUCUAAAUUGGUUCGGCUUUAUGUGUAUCUGACAGUGGUUUAUACUAUUAUGGACUUUUUAAACCAAUCGACCAAUACCUCUUCACUAACCGAACGAGCUUCGUUGAAUCAAACAAGGUAGACGGACCUAUUCACUAGGUAAUUUUACCAGUAUUAUUGAAUUACUAAUCAACUGUACUGUGGACAAGAUUGGAGAAAUAAUGUUACCUUUUCAACGUUGAUAAUUUCAUAAGAAAAGAAGUGACGGAAUAUAGUUUUGUUUUGCUUACUAUCCUCCGAAUUGUGCAAUAUUGUAUCAGUGUUAAAAACGGGAAAAGGUGACUGUUCAUUUUACUCAUCAACAGAAUUAUUGUAUUUGCCUCCCACGGAUUUUGGUAGAGCAAUAAAAACGGCCGCAAUAGUGGUUUUCUUAUUUAUUAUACCGAAAUACAGAUAGUUUUAAACUAGUGUUAAAAGUUUAAACAUGUGAUUUAUAUACAAUACACAGCAAUACUAUAAAACAUCAUCAAUUACACCUGUCGGAGAGAAAGAGAAAAAAACGUUAUUAAUAACGAAGUAGAAUGAUAAACUAAAAUUGAUGAGAUCGAAUCUGUGAAAGAAAAUGUAACUACAUUAUGUUACUUUAAUAUAUGAAAAACUGAAAUAUAAUUAUUGAGUAUGUGAGAAUUUUGAGAAUUUAAAUAACUGAAACUUAACAAGAAAGAAACUGAGAAAAUGAAAAGGUUUUCAAAUAGGUCGUGUAAAGCGGAAACACCGAAAAUUGAAAUGGAUUAAAUUAUUUUUGUUUAACAUUUGCUACAUUUUGAUAUUAAAAAGUGUUAAUUAUUUUAGAUUAUCUAUUUAAGUGUUUAUUGUGCAAACGUUAUGGAAGGGAAAACCUGUUAUAAACGUAAGUCUUUUCUAAAGAAGGACGUGGAAAUAGAAGAAUUAGAAAAUAGUGUUGGAGAGGAACUUGGUAUCCAAGAUCACACUACGGAACAACCAGAAUUAAAGUGCAACUGUUUCGUAAAUAUUUCAAAUCUUCAGUCCGAAUCAACCAGCCUGUCAUAUGAGAGAGACAAUUGUCUCAAAUACAGAAAUACCUCAGAUAAUAAAAACUUUGCCGAAAAAUAUUAUUUCCAAAUUGAAUAUGGAAAGGGUAGAUGUUUAAGAUGUAGGAAAUGUGGAUUAAUGAAGACACGUAGUUUACACAGUGCUUCAGAAGAGACAAUUUCGACAGAUCACAGGGGAGUAACUUCUAAGAGACCUAAGAAGUCUUUCGGAAUAGCCAGCUUGUCAUUCUUCCUUUUUAUUACCUUACAGCUGUGUCAGAACAUAUUAUGCCUCGAUAGCAACGACAUAUUACAGUUGAACAUUCCAACAGAGGAGCCAGUCAUAGAUCCUAACACAAUUUGUAAAACAUUUCCUGAACUUUCAACAAGGCAAUACAGACUAUGUUCAAAAUACCCUGACGUGACGGCGUCGGCAAUACAAGGAAUACAGAUAGCAGUACACGAGUGUCAAUAUCAGAUGAAAGAACACAGAUGGAACUGUUCCAGUCUAGAAAAGAAGAACAAGAAUCCACAUUCAAGUCCAUUGUUGAAGAAAGGGUACAAAGAGUCAGCCUUUGCCUACGCCUUGGCAUCGGCCGGUGUCACACACCAGGUGUCAAAAGCAUGCAGCAUGGGUAAGCUGAAAUCAUGUGGUUGCGACAUGAGUAUGCAAGGCGAGGUGAGAGACAAGUUCGAGUGGGGAGGGUGCUCCCAUAAUGUCGAAUUUGGUGACAACUUUGCAAGAAAAUUUACUCGUGCGCGCGAAACAGCACGAGAUAUCCAUGCAAGAAUAAAUUUGCAUAACAACAGAGCUGGAAGACUGGUGAUACUGAAGAAUGUCAAAAAGCAGUGUAAAUGUCACGGAAUGUCUGGAAGCUGCGAGAUUAAAACGUGUUGGAAAGUAUCACCAGAAUUUAGAAUCGUUGGAGAAAUACUCAAGAAAAAAUACGAAAAAGCCUCCCGGGUAAACAUCAGUAAUAAAACCAGUAAAAAGACGAAAAGAAGACUUGUGAAAAAGCAGAAAAACUCCGAACUAGUUUAUUACGAAAAAUCUCCAAAUUAUUGUGAUCCUAACCCGGAAGUGGACUCACCCGGUACAACUGGACGAUUCUGUAAUAAAUCCAGCACCGGACUAGAUAACUGUGACACGUUGUGUUGCGGUCGCGGACACAAUACUCUCCGUGUACGGAGGGCAGAACGGUGUAACUGUAAAUUUCAUUGGUGUUGUUACGUAGUGUGUCAAACUUGUGUGUCUAAUGAAUGGGUUACAGUUUGUAAAUAAUAGAAUAAGUCUUUUUUCUAUGAAAUACAAGUGAACCUCAGUAGCUCGAUAAAUAUUAAAGGGACAACUAUAUGGAGUUGUAUAGUCCUUUUCCCAAUUAUGAAAGUACUUGAUUUGCAAUUAAUUGUAAACUAACAUUUAAAAGCAAAUAAAUCAGCGCAUUCUAGAACAUUUUUAAAUAACACACUUAUAAUGUGCUAAAUAUUAUGUAGGAAUGCUCUCUAUAUUCAAAAAUGAAAUUCAAUGUAAGAUAUAAGGCCUUUAUCUGUAACUCAUAUGAUAAUCAUAAAAUACAAGAAUUGAAUGUAAGAUCUCAGGCCUUUUGCUGUUCUUAUAUGAUACUCAUAAAAUAAGCAGUUCAAUAAUAUUGAGUUACAAGUUUAUAGAAAUAUAUAUGUGAGGUAUAUCAGGAGCCUUAAUCCCAUGAAAUAAAUACGAGAUAAAUUUUAAACAGAAAUGAAUUUGACACUAAAUGCCGAUUGUUUCAUUUAGUUAUCGAGUUUCACUUGUAUUUCUAUUAGAUUAUUGUCCUUGUUAUUAGGCCAGUAUUUGUGAUAUUUACAUUAAAACCAACAGCAGCUCCACCCAGUCGAUAAAAUCUAGAAAAAAAUUUGAAGCAAAGAACUGAGCCAAAUAUAGUAACAAAAUACUCUGUUUGAUUGAUGCUAUCCAUGAGCGGUAAUGCAAUGUGCAAAACCUCUCACGCCAGCAGAACUCUAAAUUAUACAACUUCAUUGAAAGGACUCCAGCAACACUGUGUCGGAGUAUGGGGAUAUUUUUUUACGCCCGACACAUCAAGAUUGCUUCCAUGAUAGUUAAUAAGAUCUGUAAAAUGAUCCUGAAGCAACAAAAUAAAAGAACAGCAGACUCUUCAGUAAAAUUAUACCAGUUUUAAAGGGCAUCAAUUGAUUUAUAUAAAAUUGAGUGCUGUGUAGGGAUACGAUAUGUUUGUUAGAUAUAUGGAGUUUUUUGUUUUGUUUUGUCCGUUUACAUACUGUAUAAUUCCAUUAAUUUCAUCAGAUUUUAUUACCUCUUGUAUUUCUAGCUCCUCAUUCAUCAACGUUUUAAGCCUGAAACUAAAUGCAAUAUUUUCGUUUUGGUCUGUUAGAACCAUAUGAUAAUGCUGAAUGAAAUGUUAAUACAAUGUAUAAUUACGGUUAGUGCGAUUUUAUUUGUGCAGUGGCGUUUUUAGUUUUAGUUUUAACAGUCUCUGACAACGAAUAAUUAUUAUAAAAAGUAGAAUCACUUGCCUGUAACCAUUGUAGGUUGUAAUUUGCUUAGGGAUGUAAAAUUCUUUCGUGUAAGGUCAAGGUGACAGUUUAAAUGUCGGUGUACCUACCUAAAUGUCCAACCGAGCCUGAAAUAAAUCUCCGAGAGACAUCACGGGUCUACCUGCACGAGAAAACCCUGUUAGAGCAACAACUUCAAGUAUGCUGUGGAAUUUCAUAUUACAGUGAAAUGACAUUAAGAAAAUUACAUACUAUUCUGGGUUUGCAUCAGGAUAUAUUGGAAAACGAAAAAAGACCCUUCUCACUUACUAGUUUUAUUAUUUAACUCAUUGUUUGAACUAUUACCAUUUUUAACAAAACCUAUAUACGAAUAUGUACUCAUCGAAUCCGUUUCAGCGUUUCCCGAAAUGUACGGAAAUCCAUGUGCUUUCGGCCGCCGAAGAAUGUCGAAGUAGGAUUUGGAGUAUUCGUAAUUUGCACGGAAAUUGCCAAUUGUCGUCAUGGGUACUGAAACAAUUGCCAUGUGCUUACUGAUUCCUUUUCUCUCUGCCGAAUCUCUUUUGAUUGGUUUGCUUCAGAGAUCACAAAUGCUGGUAUAUGAAUUGUAAUACUUGCGUAUUUUAGGUUGUACAUAUUAUAUAAUUUAUACUGUUUGAAAUUUUGCUAUAAAACUGUUGUAAAUUAUUUUAUGUGAGGAAUUUACUGAUAUUAGAUGUCUGAUAUUAUAUUUA